AAGAAGACCCUUAUUGCAUUGUGGGCUUGGACGGAAACUGAAAGGGUUGUUGACGUCGGCUGCAUACUCGACGCUGUCCAUGUGUGUUUGUUGUAACAAGUGGAAAACAUGGUGCAAACGUGCUGUGUUAUUAACUGCCACAAUCGUUCACGCGAUCGCUUCGGGAAUAAAAAGGAUGGGGUGAUAUUUUUCUCAUUUCCAACCUGGAAGCAAUGCCAAGGAGGUGUGAUCUGUGAGCUAACAAGGAGACGCCGAAUGGCCUGGAUAGCAGCCGUGGGACGACCAAACAUCACUUUCAGCGCCAUCAGCCGACACAUGCUGGUGUGUUCACGGCAUUUUCACACUGGGAGACCGGCUUAUGAAAUGGAUGAAAGCCAUCCAGACUGGGCACCCUCAUUACAUCUCGGACACACGGAGGUGGAAACCGCAGAUAACAAGAGACUACACAUAUCUUUGUACGAGAAGGAACUUUCUCCAACAGGAGAGGAGAACAAGCGACUACAACAACUGGAAGCUGUUUGCAAGACUCAAGUUGUACUAAACAUUGAAGACAUCCAGCAGCUGAUUGGUCAUCAAAAAGAACAUCCCCCUCAGCCACAGAAUGGGAGCUCCACUUUGGAGCGACAGCCUAUUAAAGAGGAAGAGGAGAAGCCACAGCCCACCCACAUUAAGGAGGAAGAGGCGGAGCCACAGCCCCCCUAUGUUAAAGAGGAAGAGGAAGAACUCUCAAUCACUCAGGAGGGAGAGCAUCUUCUAGGGCCAGAGGAGGCUAAUCUCGCCAGGUUGCCACUGACUGGUGUGAAGACUGAAGACCAUGAAGACAAACCUGAGUCCUCACAGCUUCAUCAUCGUCCAAGUGAGGAGAUGGGGGAGGCGGAGCCUUCGUGCAGCAGCUCACUGCAACACUUAACAGAAGCUGAUGGAGACCACUGUGGAGGAUCACAAGCAGACAACUUCUUAGCUCCACUGUCAGAUAGUGACGACACAACGUCACACUCUCCUGAAGAUGAAGACAGCGACUACAACCAAGAAUCUCUGAGCAGCGAUACAGACUGUGAAGGUGAUAUGACGACUCACACUGGCAACAAACACUCUGAAAGCUCUAAAAAGAAGACAGGUAAACGUUUUAACUGCUCAAUUUGUGAUAAAAGAUUUUCUCGUAAGGGUAAUUUGGCUCGGCACAUGAGAACACACACAGGAGAAAAACCUUUUAGUUGCUCAGACUGUGGUAAACUCUUCACUCUAAAGGCACACAUGCAAUCACAUAUGAGAACACACACAGGAGAAAAACCUUUUAGUUGUUCAGACUGUGGUAAACGCUUCACUCGAAAGUCACCCAUGCAAUCACACAUGAGAACACACACAGGACAAAAACCCUUUAGUUGCUCAGAUUGUGGUAAAGGCUUCACUGGAAAGACGACCAUGCAAUCACAUAUGAGAACACACACGGGAGAAAAACCUUUUAGUUGCUCGGUGUGUGGUAAACGCUUUACUCGAAAGUCAGAGAUGCAUAUACACAUGAGAACACACACGGGAGAAAAACCUUUUCCUUGCUCAUACUGUGGUAACCGCUUCACUCAAAAGUCAGCGAUGCAGUCACACAUGAGAACGCACACAGGAGAAAAACCUUAUAGUUGCUCAGAGUGUAGUAAAUGCUUCACUCAAAAGACACAUAUGCAUUUACACAUGAGAACACACACAGGAGAACAACCUUUCACUUGCUCAGACUGUGGUAAACACUUCACUCGAAAGACAACCAUGCAAAGACACAUGAGAACACACACACGAGAAAAACCUUUUACUUGCUCAAAUUGUGGUGAGGCAUUUUCUUGGAAGUCCUCUUUGAAAAGACACAUGCAGAGUCACUAAUGGUCUACUGUUUGACUCGUCUGACUUCCAUGCAGUCACUGUGUUGUAAUAUUCUUUGCAAAUGUCUUUGUUCAAUAAAUACAUCUUGUUUUUAUUAAUGUGGCAAAGAAAGACAUUGUAACUGCAGCGGUUUCAUUUGUAGUUAAAGGUGUUUUAUUUGACUGUAUGUUGUCAUCACUAAAUGCUGUAACAGAUGAAGUCACUUCCUGUUCAAUUACUUUACUGACUUAAGUUCUUAUGAUUCACUCAUUGGGGUGUGGACGACUUUCAGGAGGCCUUUGAAGGAUUUGAGUGAGCAAAAUAAUAGUUUUUGCUUUUUUUCUUAUUUUGCAUUGUUGAUUUGAUUUUGUUCACGCAAUUGUAUGUAAUAAAAGGUAAUCAUUA